CAUUUUCUUCUGAUGUAAAAAAAUACAUAACGAUCUAAAUACGUUAAUAAUCAUCAAAUAUUGGUUUAAACUAUUGGUCUCUUCAUUAACGCGUGUAUAAGUUUAGUUGGCAACUAGUUAAAGAUGACAGUGACGAAUCCUAUUGGUGAGUUUGAGGUUAAGUUGCCUCAUUCUAUUGAAAAUUUACCGCCAUUAAUCAUAGGAGGGGCGGUGUUUAAUAAUCAAUAUUCAGAUAAUCCUCAUAAAUUACCAGCUAAAGAUAUUUUAGAAGCCGCUUUCAUGUUAGGAUUGAAUGCUAUUGAUACUUCACCUUAUUAUGGUCCUUCUGAAGAAAUCUUAGGUCAAGCGUUGAAAGAACUUGCUCAUAUUGAUAGACAAUCGUUUUAUAUUUGUUCAAAAGCCGGGAGAGUGAAAUUAGAUGACUUUGAUUAUUCUCGUGAAAGCGUUAGAAAUUCAAUUAAACGAUCAUUAAAAAGAUUAGGAACCACCUACUUAGAUCUUGUUUAUAUGCAUGAUAUUGAGUUUGUUGAAGAAUCCCAAAUUUAUGAAGCUUUGAAAGAAUUGAAACUUUUAAAAGAUGAAGGAUUAAUUUUAAAUUUCGGGGUUUCUGGUUAUCCAGUUAAAUUCUUAUAUAAAGUAGCUUUACAAGCUAAGAAUGAUAAGGAGAUUGGUCCAUUAGAUGCUAUAUUAUCUUAUUCCAAUGGUUGUCUUCAAAAUACUACUUUAUUUCAAUAUUAUGAUAAAUUCUUUUCUGAUUGUGGUAUUAAGAAAUUAAUGAAUGGAUCGAUUUUAAGUAUGUCAUUAUUAAGAUCAGAUAUAACUCAUUCAUUUCAUCCUGCUCCUCAAGCUCUUAAGGAUAAAGUUCAAGAAAUUGCCCGGAUUUUAAAACAAGAUUAUAAUGGAUUAGAAUUAGCUGAUUUAUCGACCAGAUUUGCCAUUAAGAAUUGGUUAUUUAAUACUGGAAAUGAAAGUGAUGAUGAAUUUGAAGAGUCUUAUCCCUGGAAUAGUAAAACAUCGAUUGUUUUAGGAGUUUCAAACUUGGAUGAAUUACGAAUUGCUGUUGAAAGUUAUUGGCAAGUUAAAAACAAUGAAAAUAAUAUUAAUGUUAAGGAUAAACCAGUAGUUGAUUUAGUCCAAAGGUUAUUAGGUGAAAAACAUUUGAAUGAAACUUGGGAAAGUGGUAUUGAAGGAAGAUAGAUGAAAGGAUGGGAUAUAUAUAGAAACAAAAAAACAUUGUCUUCUUUUUCUUUUAUUUUAUUUUAUUUUAUUUUAUAUUUAUUAAAUUAUGUUAUUGUGUUGUUUAGCAAAAUCAACUGACGUGUAUCUUUGGGGAUUGUAGAUUAGAACAUAAAUCAGUAGAUCCAAAAUACCUAUAAUCUAUCGAACUUGUUGUUAAUUAAUACUUUUUAAGAUCCAUUUUUGGAAAUUGGCUGAAAAUACCAUAUUCUAUUCUUAGCAACCAGAAAAGCAGCAGCAGCAGCAAUACAGCGGCGCGUAACCCUUCACGUUCACGUUAAAAAAAAAAAAAAAAAGACUGA